UUUGCUGCUUCAUUUUGUUUUAGUUUUAAUAACCAGUUUGAUUUGAAAAUAUGAACACUUUCGCCUUAUAUCAAGAUCCUUUGCGUGGAGAGCGCCUCGAGAUAUCGGGAAAUCCGAUCGGCAUGAGUGUGCUGCCCCGGAAAAUGAGUUUUUCAGAUCCAAUUUUUCUGCGACACAUCCUCUGUCUGAUGAUAGUGCUGCACAACGGGUUUCACCUCUUUCUCUGCUGCAGGCAGCUGAGAUUGUGCAAAAGGACUUCCGUGCCACCGAAGCAAAUGGAGGCCACUAUGUCGCAGGAAGCCUUUCAGGCAUCCAAGGAUAAGCAACUCCACGCCUCGUAUCUGGAGAUUUUCAAUAUAGCAAUAGAUACACUAUACAGCUGCCUUGAUCUGUAUCUUUGCACUCUGGCGUAUCUCUGGAAAUCGACGGUGGGCUGGUAUCGCUAUGCAGAUCGAACUUGGCUGAAUGUCACAUUUAUGACGCUGUUUUCCACGUACUUGAUAGUCCGCAAGUUGCCUUCACUAUUUUACGAGAAACUUUUCCUGGAUCCGCGUUACCAUGUGGAUCCUGAAAACACGCCGCCCUUGUUGGGUUUGAUUUGUGCCCUGGUUUUUGUCGUCGUGUUCUUGCAGGUUGCAGUAAUUCCGCUGACUGCGAUUUUCAUGGUUAUUCAUGGACUAACCGAGUGGUACUUCACACUGUUUGUUUGGCUAAUUCUGGUGGCCUUGUCCAUACUGGUAUUGGUAUUCAUUGGCCUAUUUGGAGUGCCCUGUUUGGGCAAAAGUCGCAGAAUGUAUAAUGAAACUGAUAUGGACGAUAACCUGAAGGCGGUACUGGAGGACUUCAAGUUUCCGGGUCGCGUCUACAUGGUUCACACCUUCCAUGUGGGUCGUCCGACUGCCUGGGUGAUGGGCUGCUGCUGUUGCCUGCGUUUGGAUAUCCACGAUAACCUGAAGUUUAACCGCGGUUUUGCCUCCGAUGACUUCGACUGGGGUCAGAUGGGUGCUGGCCUGAAUGACGAGCAGUUGGCCGCCUUUGUGGCCCAUCAACUGGCCCACUGGCGUCUGUGGCAUGUGGCAAAGGGACUUGCCCUUAUCUACUUGCACCUCUUGAUUUACCUACUGCUCUUUGGGAUCUGCAACAGGUGGGUAACGCUGUUCGAGGCGGCGGGCUUUACGACAUUCUAUCCCAGUUCCGUGGGCUUCUGGCUGGUGUACAAGUACCUAAUGCCCAUAUAUCAUGACAUUUCCACUUGGAUCAUCUUCUUUUGUAUACGGCACUUUGAGUUCGCCGCGGAUGCCUAUGUCAAUCGCCGUGGCUACGGACCACCAAUGAGAGCUGCCCUGCUCAAACUUUUUGCGGAUGAUUACGAGUUUCCCUAUGUGGACCGCUGCUACCUCAUGUGGCAUCGCCUUCGUCCUUCGAUCCUGCAACGCAUCGAUAAUCUGCAGCGCAUCGAUAACCUGCAGCGAUUGGAUGCAGCAAGUGGUGUCUCCACAGUGUAGUAUCUGCAUUAUCAGGUAAUUCAU